GAGAAGCAGCAGCAGCAGCACAGGGUUGCAGCAGGUUUCUGAUGAAGAAGAUGAGGGAGACAAAGGUCCAAGCCGAGAGAAGAAGGAAGCCAUGGUCAGAAAACUGCAGAAAAAGUUUCCUGACCAGGACAAGGAGGAGCUGCGUCUGGUUCUGCGGGAACACGACUGGAAUGUAGAGGAUGCUCUGCAGGUUCUACAGAUGUUCUCAGACCCCGAUGAAUCCAGUUUCAGCUCUCCUGACUCGAAUGAAAACAAAUCCAGGAAAUCCAAGAGCAAGGAAACGUCGAGCAAGGACCACAGGAAGUCGAGGUUACACAAAGAUCACAGAGACAGUAAAAGUAGAAAAGAUCGAAAAGACUCCGAAGACGACAUAUCAAGUGAAUCAGAGGAGGACAAUAAAGGUGAUCCAGAUGGUGAUACAGAAGUUACACAGGACAGUGAGGAUCCAGAUUCCGACAGCAGUGUAAAUUUGAGAAACAAAAGAAGCACUUCAACACUUGUAAAAAGUCCUGACUUGGUUUCUUCAUCAUCCUCUGUCAAGAAAUUCACUACCUCUGCAUUCCUGAUGCCAUCCUCCUCUACCUCUCCUGCUCAGAUGCUUUCCAGAUUUGCCAGUGGGACCAGUAUAGCUAAGAAGCAGGCAGCAGAGAGAAAGAAGAAGGUUCUUGCCUCAGAUGAACAUGUCAGUUCUGAGGGUGAAAAUGACGAUGAAGAGGAACCGGCAAGCAGUGAGUUUGAGGACUCGGAUGAUGAGCUGGAUUGUAAAGGUGCCAUGACGGAUCUGAAGAAAGAGAUGCUCCAGUUCUUCCAGGACGCAACGAUCGAUGAGCUGUCGCUAAUCUCUGGGUGCUCUGUUAAAAAGGCAAAGAAGAUUUUGGAACGGAGGCCCUUUGAGGGCUGGCAAAGUCUGGUUGAUUUCUUCACUAAGGACAAGGGACUAUCGGAGAACUUACUGAUGGGCUGCAGAGUUGUCUUAAAAGAGCGGAAGGUUGUCUUGGGGCUGAUGUCCAAAUGUCAGACGAUUUCCUCAAAAAUGGUCAAACAGGUCACUACGGUAAUGGAGAGGGGCACAGCGGCCAUGAAACAGCCCAAACUCCUCAACAGAAAGUGA